AGAACCCCUCCCCCACGCCGCGCGGCCGGGCUCAGGGUGGUCUGGAGCGCGAGGGGUGUACGGGCGCCCUGGCACGAGCGUCCCGGUCCGGGCGGGGCGACGGAGGCAGUGUUGGUGCUGGGGUGUCUGCUGUGACAGCCGCGCCUGGUACCCGAGCCCCCGUCGCCUCGCGCCUUGGCGGGCGCAACGCACGUGGCUCCGGCCGCGAUUUCGCGCCCGUGGGGGCCCCCUUGGUCGGGCGUGUCAGCAACGCCGGCUGGAGAACCCCUGGACAGUAGUUUGCAGCUGUUAACACCUGGCAGGACCUCUCCAGGCCUUUCUCUUGGACGGUGCGGUGCGGGCCGAGUCAGUGCGAGUGGGGUUCGAGUGGUGAGGCUGGCCCAAGGGACUACUGUGCUCCCGGCCUCCCACCUCAGAGAUGGGGCAGGGAGGCCUCCCAGAGAUUCCAUCGAGCCCUCGGGGUUCCCAGUGGCCCUGGACUACCCAGCUUGUCCUGAGUGCCAGUUCUGCCUACGACUGACCGGCACAUUGGGGCCAGGCUAGGGGAGUACAGUGGGUGGAUCCCGUUCCCUCCUGCCCUACCCGUGUGAGUUUCCUCCGAGGCCUGUUUGGCUGUGUGAGUGGUGGAUCUUACCCCUCCCCCUAGCCCUCAGUGGGUCUGAGCUGCCUGACUGUGGGAAGUUUGCCGUCUGGGACGGUGACCUUGGGCUGCUCUGGCCGGAUCUCGGAGAGGAGCCUACUGAGUGCGCUUGGCCUUGGGAGCUGUCCACCUUCUGUUCGUCUCCCUGUAUCCGCGGAGGCUGUGCAUAGGUGUUCUGCAGACCAUGAACUGAUCACUAGUCCCCAGACAUUCAUGAGCACAGUGUGAGGCUCCUGAUCACCACCCAGCAGCCCCUUCCUCUCUGGCACUAAGGACCCCCGGAGAAGAUGGGGAGGAAAAAGAUUCAGAUCCAGCGAAUCACUGAUGAACGGAACCGCCAGGUGACCUUCACCAAGCGGAAGUUUGGACUGAUGAAGAAGGCCUACGAGCUGAGUGUGCUGUGCGACUGCGAGAUCGCGCUCAUCAUCUUCAACCACUCCAACAAGCUGUUCCAGUAUGCCAGCACCGACAUGGACAAGGUGCUGCUCAAGUACACCGAGUACAACGAGCCACACGAGAGCCGCACCAAUGCUGACAUCAUCGAGACCCUGAGGAAGAAGGGUUUCAACGGCUGUGACAGCCCAGAGCCGGAUGGGGAGGACUCACUGGAGCAGAGCCCCCUGCUGGAGGACAAGUACCGGCGGGCCAGUGAGGAGCUGGAUGGGCUCUUCAGGCGCUAUGGGUCAUCUGUUCCGGCCCCCAACUUUGCCAUGCCUGUCACAGUGCCCGUGUCCAAUCAGAGCUCCAUGCAGUUCAGCAAUCCAAGUAGCUCUCUGGUCACUCCUUCCCUGGUGACAUCAUCCCUUACGGACCCACGGCUCCUGUCCCCCCAGCAGCCAGCACUACAGAGAAACAGUGUUUCUCCAGGCUUGCCCCAGCGGCCUGCUAGUGCAGGAGCCAUGCUGGGUGGAGACCUCAACAGUGCUAAUGGAGCCUGCCCCAGCCCCGUUGGGAAUGGCUAUGUCAGUGCCCGAGCUUCCCCUGGCCUCCUCCCUGUGGCCAAUGGCAACAGCCUAAACAAAGUCAUCCCUGCCAAGUCUCCGCCCCCACCCACCCACAACACCCAGCUUGGAGCCCCCAGCCGCAAGCCUGAUCUGCGGGUCAUCACUUCCCAGGGAGGCAAAGGGUUAAUGCAUCAUUUGACUGAGGACCAUUUAGAUCUGAACAAUGCCCAGCGCCUUGGGGUCUCCCAGUCUACCCACUCGCUCACCACCCCAGUGGUUUCCGUGGCAACACCAAGUUUACUCAGCCAGGGCCUCCCCUUCUCCUCCAUGCCCACUGCCUACAACACAGAUUACCAGCUGCCCAGUGCAGAGCUAUCCUCCUUACCAGCCUUCAGUUCACCUGCAGGGCUGGCACUAGGCAAUGUCACCGCCUGGCAGCAGCCCCAGCCGCCCCAGCAGCCACAACCGCCACAACCGCCACAGUCACAGCCACAGCCACCACAGCCACAGCCACAGCAGCCACCUCAGCAACAGCCCCACUUGGUCCCCGUUUCUCUCAGCAACCUCAUGUGAGUCUUUGGGAGGUUUUCCAUGGGGACGGUGGGGAGUGAGGGACAGGUCUCCUGGAGUUGUGUGUGUGUUCAGUAAGUGGCAGUCCUGAGCCCCUCCCCCCAGCCAUCAGGGCUGAGGGUGUAGGCUUUAGAAGAUGGACAGAGUGGUGUGGACAGACUGCAGCUAACACUCAUUUCUCUUCUUUCCCUUUGACACGCAUCUCCCUCCCCCGACUCCCCACUCUCAUUCUGUUGUGUUGACCCUGUCUGGUGACUUCUUCCCACUCUUUCUGUUACUGUCUCUGUGUCCCUAAACUCCAGCCCUGGCAGCCCCUUGCCUCACGUGGGUGCUGCUCUCACAGUCACUACCCACCCCCACAUCAGCAUCAAGUCAGAACCAGUGUCCCCAAGUCGUGAACGCAGCCCUGCACCUCCUCCACCAGCUGUGUUCCCAGCUGCCCGCCCUGAGCCUGGCGAAGGUCUCAGCAGCCCAGCUGGAGGAUCCUAUGAGACCGGGGACCGGGAUGAUGGACGGGGGGACUUUGGGCCCACACUAGGCCUGCUGCGCCCAGCCCCAGAGCCUGAGGCUGAGGGCUCAGCUGUGAAGAGGAUGCGGCUGGAUACUUGGGUACUGUAACAUUGCCCUUCUGUCUGCCGGUGUCUGCGUCACCCAGGGAUGCCCCACAUGCACUCAGCCUGUUUUCUUUCCCACCUGAGGCCUUGUGGCCAGGCAUUUCUUUGGGUCAGUACUCACAGCCCUCGACCCCUUCCUGCAGCACUGUCCCCUGCUCAGUGACCUCCAGCUAGCCUCGCUCGCUCGCUCGCCCUAGAGUGUUACCCCUUGGGAGAGGGUUGGGUGCAUCCUAUAGGCCACAUUGCCCCUCACACCACCUUCUCCAUCUCCUUUCUUCACAGACAUUAAAGUGAUGGUUCCCACUCCCUCCUUUCAGCCUCCCUGAUGAAGAGUUGACAAUCUCACCGCCCACCCCCUCCUUAUCCUGGGCUCCUCCCGCUCGACCCCACUUCCUUUCUUCUGCUCCAUGUCCUGUUGAUGGUUACAUUUGUGUAUAAUUAUAUUAUUAUUAUUGUUAUUAUUAUUAUUAUAUUUUUAAAUUCGAAUUCUCGCUUUAGAGAGAGGGAUGCUCUUGCCCCUUUCUUGCCCCCACCAUUUUCACUGAUGGGGACUCUCUUUAUUGCGGGAAAGGGGGGACACUUUGCACGUUGUACACAUAUGCUGCAGGAAGGAGGGAGGCGGUAGGCCUUGGAGAAGGACAGGUGCCGAGCCCUGCAUGUGGAGCCCUCCCAUCCCAUUCCCAGAUAGACGUAAAGAACCAAAAACUACCCAACAACAAAACCCAGAUAGUGGACUGAAACCCAAAGCUGGCUUGACGAUGGGCUUGUGUCUCAGGGGAUAGGAGGAGGCAGUUUCUGCUUCUGGGCUGUUCACGGCUAAUACCCAUCCUGGUCCCUCCAGCUUCCUGCAUACGUAUCACACUCUCUGAUCCUGUGUGUUACACCCCAAGAUCUGGGUGAUAGAAAGGCUGCCUAGGAAUCUGAGGCCAGGGAAGGGGCUUGAGGUUGGAAUCUCUAGAGAUAACAUGGAGAGAGACAGCUGUAGAAAGAGGGCUGAUGAGGACAGAAGGACUGGGUGUGGUGAAUUGGGACCCUACCCCCAGCUUUUCCUUUGAGAUGUACAGUGCAAUAGCUCCCCGUCCUUUAGCCUACCCCAAUCCUAAAGAAAGCUGGCCAUGUACUGGGAGAUUUGGGAGAGGACCUUCAUUGAAGUGGCUCCAGGAUGGGCCAGAGUCGUCCUUUGGUUCCCUGGGGCACUGAGAGCAGGAGGCUUGUCAGGGGCAGGGUGAGGAGGGCACCUCUUGGCUUUGUGCACCUGUGUCCAGAAGAGUACUUACUGGGCACAUGGAGGCUCCUGUAGAUGAGGCCCGGGCCCUUCCCCAGGCCUCUGAGCUCCUGCCCCUGACCCACCUCCCAGCUCUCUGCGUGCUCCUUGUCUCGCUACCUCCUGUCCCUCCACCUCCAGGCCACAUCCCAAACCUGCCCUCUUGCUACUGUAAUUGUAAAUAGAGACCUUUCAAAUGUUAGUGGUGUAACCGUCCAGGAAACUGUUGUGUUUGUUGUUGUUGUAUUGAUAUGAAAUGAGAUUCUAUUUUUGUCAAAGUAUAUUGUAAUAAUAAUGACUCAAAUGGCCCGUACUGUACAGAUGAGAUUCUUCUGCUGUGUUCUUGCCUUCCUCUCCAGACUAAUGCUUUGUUGCCUCCUCAGUGGGGCUGCAGCAAGCACCAGGGGCAGUGGAAGAAGCAUUGGGUCCUUGGACCUCUUGCUGGAUCUGAGGUCAGACUGGAGGGAAUAGUUUGCCCCCUCCCCAGCCUGCUGUCACCACCCCUGCCCUUCCUCUGCUUCCCCACCUGGGGAAAGGGGAUGGGAGACAGCACACACUCCCUUGGAGUUCCUCCCAGCUGGAGGGUAGAGUUAGACAAGGCUCAGUGUUGUAGUACGAUGGUCUUUGCCCACCUGUGACCCAGCCUUUUGUAGUAUUUUGACACUUGAUGCAGGGAAGGAGCCAGAAGCAGAGGGGUGUGAGCAUGCUCGUGGAGGCGUAUCUGGGUUCACCCUGUAUUUAUGUGUUUGUGUGCAGCUGUGCGGAUGUACCUUUGAGUGACUCAAGCUCCAAGGGCCUCUGUGUGAGCUGGGUGUGUUUACAAGGGAUCAGCGCCUUCCAACUCUGUGGCUUCACCCCCUCCCCGGGCUGCUCUCAGUCCCAAAACAUUUUACUAAAGUCAUGGGGGACGGGUGCUAGUUGGCCUUCCUGUUUCUCCCCACAGCCUACCUCCACCAGGGCUUCACAUUUGGAGCUCUGCCUCCAUAUGGCUGUCCACUAGCCCCACCCAGGCAUGGUUCAUCCCUGGAGUUCUGACUUGUUUAUGGAGCCAACUCAAGUUCUUCUUGCCCGGAGCUUUGCCUUUUGUAAGGCAGGGACCCUCCCUUAACCAGAGUUUACCCCAGUAGCUGACCAAGCAUGGGGUGCUACCCACAUGCCUCACCUUCCCACUCCUCCUCACAAGUCCUGGAGGGAGUUUUAAGACUUGCUUAUGGCCUUGAAAGAAGCCAGGGUUGUAGCCCUGUGCUCCCCUUGAAGUAGCUGGCACAUUGUAGGCCCUCAGUAAAUGCUGAAUGGGUGGAUGACAGGUGCUCAAUAAAUGUGGAUUCACGGCCUCAUCUCAGGCCCAUCCUUCAAGGCUGAGCUUGGCCACCAUUACAGUUGUGGGUGAAGCCCCUAUAGUUCACAGUGUGCUACUCAACAGUUUGCCAUCUGCUUCCCGAAAGCAAACCUGGCUUGUGAUUGCCAUGUACGGAUGCGUGCAUGCACUGUGUGUGUGUGUGCGUGCGUGUGCGUGUCUGUGUCUGCACACACACGUAUGAGUUCUUGUGUGUCUCUGUCCCUGACUGAAGGGGCAGUCUGUGAAUGAGUAUGUGACAUUUCUGCAGUUUAGUAUCCCCAGGUUUCUCCUGGGGCUAUGCAGGGGCUUCUGGCUGGCCAGGUAAAUGGAUCCCUGGGAACCUAGACCUCAAAUGGGGACUUAUUUUCUUCCUCUCACAAGCCAAAUUUGCCUACUCUCCACUCCCUAUACAGAACUGGGUAUUUGCCAAAGUAGCCUCUGGCGUCAUCCAGUGCCCUUCCCACCCAGGUUCCCCUCUGCUUUCAGGGAUAGUGGGACCGAGGGCCACCCCCACAUGCCUCAGUUUAGCACAUUUCCUCCAUCCCCAGCAGUGCAUCCACCCACCCUCCCCAACUCCAACAGGAAGGAAGAAAGAAAUGCACCUUCUCUUGCUCGUUAUUUAUUUGUUUGGAGAGACAGAAAUGAUGGAAAAGUAUCUAAAUCUAUCUCUCUCUCUAUUUUUACCUAACUCUCUGGAACCCCUGUGGGGGAAUGUAGGCUCUCCUAAGAGGCUGGGAGCUCCUUGUUCUACCCUGUCUGCCUCUACAUAAGCAGAAGGGGUGGGAUGUAAUGGGGCAGGAGGGCUGAGAUUCCCAAGGAGAAUCUGAAUUCUCUACCCCCAUUCAAGUCCCAGAAAGAGGGAAGAAGGGAGGGAUGGGCCAGCCAAGAGCUGACCCGUCCCCAAACUUGACAAUCACCCACACUCCUGGCUCCUGGGUCUGGGUGAGUCCAAGUGUGUGGCUGUUGGUUUGUUUUCAUUAUUUCUUUCCGUGCUGUACGGUGAUGCUUUCUAGUAUUCUGCACAUUAAGAAAAGUCCUCGAGAUUCUUACGAGUUUGGUUUGAAAACUCUUUCACUAUAUUUGUUGUAAAGAGGUUUACUAUUAAAAGAAAAAAAAAAAAACAUGUUUCUGAUACCUCA